AAAAAAUGAAGAAAGUCGCUCAGCUGUCUAUUUAAGAAAAUUAGAAGAAGAAUGUGAACAAUUAAAAACUGAAAAUUUAAGGCUGAGAAGAAAUAACGCCGUUUUAAAUGAGAGAAUAGAAACCUAUCGUAUUCUCAAUGAAAGAUUACAAAUAAAUAUUUUGAAAUACGAUAAAGAAUUCGAAGAGUUAGCUAAAAUAGAUGAGAAGAAAAAAUUGGAUGCUAUGAGCCCAUUGGUAAAGAGGUUGCAAUGUUCCACCCCGCAGCACACGAUUAAUAAUAGUAACCCAGAAGUGUCUCCAAUAGUUAGUCAUAAGGAAGAUCCCAAAGAAGAUAUAAAUAACUCGCUUGAAAACAGAUCUUUCGAACGAACAUCUCAAGCACAAAGUCCUUUCGAUGAUAGGUCGCUCAAUAAUAGUAACAACAUCGAAAUUGAUGACAUUUCUCUUGAGGAAUUGAAAAAGAAAAUGCAUCCCUCGAGCAAAAAGAAGUUAGAUUUCCAUUUUCAAUUAUCGCCGACGGUCCCAUCAAAAAAAACCUCGUUUUUAUGAUGAAGAAACUGAGGACUCAGGAAUAGUUGACAUUGCAAGCUCGAGCAAUGUUCGUAAAACGAAACUGUCAUCUCAAGAAUUUCAAGACAAAACAUAAAGAUAGUACAGACACUAAUGGUAGUAUAGACGAUUCAGUUAACGACGAAUCAUCGUAUUUUUGCAAUUUUGGACAUAAAGAGACUGGAACUAAUUCAGAUGAUGUGACUACUACGUACGUAUGGUUCAAUAAAGAAAAAAAAAUAUUACUUGAUGAAUGGAAGAAUGGCUUUAAAUCGAAAGACCCAAGUAAAUAUGUUAAAUAUAUGUUGCGCUUAUUACAUAUGGAUGAAAAUGGUGGUUAUGAGGAAAACCUUAGUAAAAGAUGCGUUUCCAGUGACAAACCAUCAUAUACGCCAAGAGGCAUGAAUCGAAGAGUUUCGCUCACUUUGAAUGAGCAUUUAACCCUUGCAAAGUGUAUGAAAACUUAUCUUAAUAAAACAUCAAAAUUAACUUCGGAAGAAGCAAAUAAGAUUAUAGCAAAACAAAAUGCCUUUAUAACGGAAGAAAUCAACACAUGUGUAAAAAACCAGAAGAAAAAAUUAAAUAUUUAA